AGAGGUCUAGCAUUUUGUCCAUUAGUUCAGAGAGCUUGCAAUCGCCAAGCCCCUGCAACGAAAAAAAGGCUGCUAGCUCUCUCCGCGUGGGAAUGUUCAAAUGUCUUUAAGAGAGCAGGAAGUCCACAGCAGAUGCACCUCAUCACCUGCUUGGGCGGCGAGGCCGCAGACGAGAACACGUCCUUGAUGGACGGCAAGUACAGCUCUGAAGACGGUGCUGAGAAAACCACUACUGCAUCUCUGCCCACCUACACCCUCCGGAGGGAUGAGUUCAAGAGGUUCUUCAAGGAGGUGCCGGACUCCGAGAGACUUCUUGUGGACUACCCGUGUGCCCUGCAGAGAGACAUCCUCCUUCAGGGACGUCUUUACCUCACAGACAACUGGUUGUGUUUCUACAGCAACGUGUUCUUCGGCACCAAGUUUACUCUUCUCCUCAAAGACAUCGAGCAACUGACCAAGGAAAAAACCGCCCGUCUGAUUCCCAACGCCAUGGUUGUCCGCUCCACCACGGAGAGGCUCUUCCUCACUUCCUUCUCAGCGAGAGACAAAAGCUACGUGGAAGUCUUCCGUAUGUGGCAGAACGCACUGAUGGACAAGCCGCUGACCCCUAAAGAGUCUCUUCAGAUGGUCCAGCAGCAUUAUGGCACUGAACUGGGUCUGAGCCAUGAGGAGAUGGACAGCUUACGCUUUUCUGCUGAAUCUAGCAUGCAGAGCAGCGUGGCCGCAAGGUCUGCUGGUGGCGAUACGGCCUUGGCCAGGCCUGAGACCUCCAGCCCUCAGGACAAGGACUUUCCCUCACCAAUUGGUUCACGCAAGGUUACCAUUGAGCACGACCAUCGUCGCACUUCUCUGGAUGGCUUCACACCAGAGCGAGGCUCCAAGCACUGCUCUCCUGCUCCUGAGCGCAGCACCACUGGUGAGCGAGGCUCCAAGCGCUGCUCUCCUGCUCCUGAGCGCAGCACCACUGGUGAGCGAGGCUCCAAGCGCUGCUCUCCUGCUCCUGAGCACAGCACCACGGGUGAGCGAGGCUCCAAGCGCUGCUCUUCUGCUCCUGAGCGCAGCAGCACUGGCGGGUCUGAAGACAGCGUGGACGAAGAGGAGGGAGUGGGCCUGCCGCAGGAAGAGGGGCGCCGCUACCUCAACAGAGUCUUCCAUGUGAGCGCCGGCCGGAUGUUCCAGCUGCUCUUCAGCGACUCUCCCUUCAUUCGCAGCUUCAUGAACGUGCGCAAGAUAACCGAGCCCAGCUUCACAGAGUGGCAGAAGAACCCAGCGGGGAACUCUGAGAGGAGCCUGAACUACACCAUCACCAUCAGCAACCCUCUGAUUGGCAAGUUCUCCACGGCGACGGAGAAGCAGACGCUGUACAAGGACUCGCAGGAUGGUCACUAUUACCUGGUGGACUCUGAGGUGUACACGCACGACGUGCCCUACAGCGAUUACUUCUACACCCACAACCGAUACUACAUCCGACGCCACUCCAAGCACAAGUGUCGCCUGACGGUCUUUACUGACGUCAAGUACAAGAAGCAGCCCUGGGGUCUCAUCAAGUCUUUCAUCACCAAGAACUCCUGGAACGGGAUUGAAGAUUACUUUCGAGAACUGGAGACUGAACUUCUGGAGGAGGAGAAUGCCAUCACUCAGGGAGGCGGAGACUCCGGGAAGGCGGGCGGGCUGCUGCGGCGAAGGAGGCGGACCCUCAGUCGGACCUUGCUGCAACACAUGAAGCCCAACAAACCUGACCAGCACAGUGAUGGCGGCGUGCAGACCAGCAGCCCUGCAAGAUGGAACCUGCCCAGCAUGGUGGCUGCCAUGAGUGUCAUAUUGCUGAUUGUGACUCUGCUCAACGUGGCUUUGUUCUACAAGUUGUGGGCCAUGGAGGACGUCGCCCAGCGCAUCUACCUGACCACUAAACAUCGCCUCAGGGACAGCGCCGUGCCCGAGUCCACUUCAAGACCAGGUCCUGCCUUCAUGACCGGAGAGGAAGCGCAGCUCCUCAAAAGCGUGCUGCAGAACUCCAUCAAGCUUCUAGAACAGCUGCGCACUUCUCUCAUAUUGCUGCAGCACAACUUUGCCAAUCAAACCAGGCAGUGACACUACCCCCCAACCCCCACCCCCCUCGCUCCGCUGCCUGUUGACAAAGUGCCAUGUCGUUGCCACGGUGACGCAUGCUAGUUUUUAAUGCUGCAGACUGAACUCUUAACAAUCACCUGGGCCAUAGUUGCAAAUGUAAAUAUGUUAUUUUGUCUCUCAUGGCCAGAAAGUCAAUCAUUAUUUCAAAUGUUUGUUUACAAGUUUGCACAUUUUAAUUUUUGCACAAGGGCUUUGAUGUGGACCACGCUCUGUUUUAGAUCAAUUUGAAUUCCUUGGAUUAAAUCGCAUGAUUUGCAA